UUCCCACAGUGCAUUGCGUUCACUCGUUGGAUCAUGGACCAAAGCGACAAUGAUCUUCAAGGAAGUGAUGGCUCUGGGAGUUUGGGUGGACUGGAUGUUCGCAGACGAAUCCCCAUCAAACUCAUCUCGAAGCCGCCCCUAAGGAGUAAACCCCAGCAGCGUGUUCAGAGACCCACCAGCAGGCCGUGUAAAAGUGAACCUGGAGAAGAUGAUAAAUUUAAUUUCAAGCAAGAGGACAGGUUUGAUUGUGGCACAAAAGCUGGAGAUGUAUUUGCAGCUCAGAGGAGGUUUCCCCAGCCACUGUUUUGGGACUAUAAGUUAAAUUUAGUUGGUGAAAGAGAUGAGGUACCAGUUCACUUCUGUGAUAAAUGUGGCCUCCCUAUCCAGCUGUACGGACGGAUGAUUCCUUGCAAACAUGUUUUUUGCUACGACUGCGCUCUGCUGCAUGAGAAAAAAGGAGAGAAGAUGUGCCCUGGUCUCUCUCUGUACAGCUGCACAGACCCCGUUCAGCGCAUUGAGCAGUGCCAGCGAGGUUCCCUCUACAUGUGCAGCGUCGUGUCGGGAUGCAAGCGCACCUACCUGUCCCAGCGGGACCUCCAGGCCCACGUGAACCACCGCCACAUGAGGGCGUCCAAGUCCUCAAUGGGCCGCCAGGAUCCUGUGCACAUGCCGCCCGUGCCCGAAGUCUCGGAGCGGUUCCGCGUGCCUCCGCCUCACAUACCCAAAAAUCAUGUCCACCUCCCCAACCCGCUCCAGCACGGCAGUCACGACCCAUACGGUCAGCCGCCCCCGCCAAGCCCUCACGAAGGCCCACCACCGCCUUCUGCUCUAGGGCCCGAGACUUUCCGUAUCUCCACGGUAACGACUCGCAAACACAGCAAUCUCAUCACCGUACCCAUCCAGGAUGACUCCUCCACACGGGACCCCCUCUCUGGGGGUCCCAGUCAGCCCCCCCACCACCACCCUGGAGACUAUCCUGGCCAGCCUCCUGUAGUGUCACAUUCUCACCACAUGAUGGGGCCACCGCAGCAUAACUUUGGGCCCCCUCCUCCCCCUCCCCCUCCUAUCAGUCACCCAAUGCAGCAUCUUGCUCAGGCCUCCAGGACGCCACACUUGGUGUACAACCAGGCCCCUCCACCCCCGAUGUCCACAGCUCCCCCACCUAUCACUCCCCCACCAGGGCACAUCAUAGGUCAGAUGCCCCCUUAUAUUAACCACCCACCCCCAGGACCUCCACCACAGCAUAGUGGACCCCCUGUUAACGCCCCGCCACCACAUCACUAUAACCCCGCCUCCAUGCAGCAGUUCCCCGAGGACCAGGGCACUCUUAGCCCCCCAUUUAGCCAACCAGGAGGGCUUAGUCCCGGUAUGUGGCCUGCUCCAAGAGGGCCACCACCUCCACGGAUGCAGGGUCCCCCUCCUCAGGGCCAGAUGCCUGGUCCACAUCAUCCAGAUCAGGGUCAUUAUCGACCUUACUAUCAGUAAACUGCUAACUCGAUAAACAUUAAGUGUCAUUUCAUUUUCAUCAAACUUAUUGAAUAAUGUGAUAGAGCCUCAGGGUUUCAGGAUGUAGGACUUUGAUUUUUAUAAUAAAACGGCCCUGAAUAAAUUGUAUGUGGUGCACAUUUUAGUUAGCUGUCCUCAGUGACUCUGAACAUGUUACUGAGUCUGAUGAGCAUUUGAUGAGUGUGUGUGUAUGUUGAUGAUGCUGAUGUUUCACACACACACGCCAUUAAAUGAUGUUACCAGUUCUUUAUGGUUUUUAUUGCCAUAUUUCUCUUGUUUUUCAUGAUAUGGUUGUCGAUUCAAGAUCAUACCAGCUAAUAAACACUUAAUGGGU